UGGUCUGGUAAGGAUGUGGUGGGAGUAGUCGUCAAUGUAGUCAGACUCCUAGCAAAUAAUAAUAAUAAUCAUACGCAGGAAGUUCAGGAGCUGCGGAGAGAGGCGAAUAAUGGGCGAGGGAAGCAAGACAAGACGUGUGAUGGCGUAUGGCUGGCGUAUGUGUGUGUCUCGUGUAUGGAAUGGAUUCAAGUAGGGGAAAAGAUGUUGUUGAAGCAGCGAAAGCUAAAGGAGCACAAGAGUCAAGAGGCAAAGGCAGAGAGAGGAAGAGACAGCGGCGACCCGAGACCCGUCGACGACUCAACUACAUCCAGCUAGAGAGGGAAAGAAGCGUACAGUACAGUCGAAGCAGACACGGCGGCGACGAGGAUGAUCGAUGGGAAGGACCAAGAGCCAGGACCAGGGGGGCAGGAGGCUUGUCUAGUGUCGACUGUACUGUGUUCUCGCUGUUUCGCUGGUGGAAGGCCGACCGACGAUGAUGAUGGCGAAAAGAAAAGCAGCGAAUGGCAGAGGCGCGGAAGGCCACU